AUGCCGAAAAAAGGCAAAGGAAAAAAAGGUGGCAAGGGAAAGAAAGGCAAGGGUAAGAAGAAGAAAGAUGCUUCGCCCAUCAAAAUGGCCGCACGAAAUACACUUUUAUGGAAAGCCCGAUUGAACGUCGCCGAUUCAUCGCAGAAAGAAUAUCGAGACUUGGUGGGACAUUUGAACACAGAAAAUGAAACAUUACGUGACCAAUUGCGACAAACGGAAAAAGAUACACUUGACGUUAUUUCAUUCUUGAAAAAGCAAGAUAUCGAUAAAGAUGCGGAGAUUGAGCGAUUGAAACAAGAGAUCCAAGAUCUUCAAGUGGACAAUGCUAAAGAGAACGACGAAUUGUUAAACGAUUUCAAACAACAAAAACGUUAUUUAGACGAGAAAUUGGCACGAAAAGAAAGCGACCUGGACAUCGUUCGACAUGAGCUCAAUCAGAUAAAAGAUUUUCGAAAGCGAAAAGAUCAAAUGCAAAUUGAACUUGAUGAAAUAAAGCAAGCAAUGAUUGCGAAUGAACGUGACCAAAAAGAAUCGUUAGAAAGACAAGAACGAAAGUUUGCCGAUGAAAAACAACGUCUUCAGCAAGAUUGUAACAAAAGAAUCGCGGAAAUCGCUGAAAAUGCACAAGACGAAGCCAUUAAAACUUUGGAUGAAAACGGUCGGAGUAUUUUCAAAGAAAACGUCGGUCUGAUCAAAUCUUUGCAUAUUUACAAACAAGAGUUAGCCGAUCUGCGACAAAUACGCGAACAAUUACUGAAACAAGCGAGUAUAGUCACCGAUGACAAAGACAUCAAUAAUUCAUUAAUGAAGGAAAAAGUUGAACAAGUUCAACAGCAAAAUAAGAUCAUCAGAGAACUAAAGGAGAAGAUCCAAUCAUUGGAAAUCUCUUUGACACAGUUCAUCGAAGAAUUUAAUGUCGAGCGACAACAACUUUUAGAACAAUCACAAAUUGAACACGAGUCUUCACAGAAUGAAAUUGUAAAAUUACAACGAGCUUUGGAACUGAAACGAAAUGAAAUUAAUAAAGUGAAGAAAUUGGGCAAAACAAUUCUUCAACAACGAUCGGAAUUGGAAAUAAUGUUUUUGGAUGCAUUGCAGUAUGUGAAACGACAGAUCGUCUUCGAACGCUUUCAAUCUCCAAAAAUCGAACUUAGUGCAAGUGAAAAUCGAAUGAUAACUGUCUAUCAGGGACAAGGAGACGCGACACGAGCUGGAACGUUAACCGAGUUUAAUCCAAAUGGUGCUUUGCAAGGAUUGGACGAAGAAACAAGAUGGGAACACCUGACGGCCAAUUUGUCAGCGAGUGACUUAACAUGGGAACAAAAAGAACAAGUUCUUCGAGAACUAUUCAAACGAAUGAAUGAGAAGAAACCUCAUAUGAUGCUAGAAUCUCGAACUCAAACUGAACAAUCUAUUCACGAAGAUCAACCAGGUGACAGUACAACAAAUAUAUUUGUAACUCAAACCGAUAGCACAAUCCCUAAUGAAAAUCAAUCUGAUUCACGCAGUAAUUCUUUAUUUUAUCCAAUGAAAAUAUACAAAUUCGAACAAAAGAUGGUGCAACAUUCAUUUGUCGUUUAUAUGAGAGAAAAUGUACGCGGAGUCUGGCUAGUAGAUAAAUAUGUUAAUGUUGAAUAA